AUGGCAAUCCUCACCAAAGGUUUACCUCAAGGGUCAGUUUUAAGCCCCUUGUUGUUCAAUUUGUAUACCCAUGAUUUAGAUUUAGCAAUUGACAAGAAUGUUGAUGUUUUGCAAUAUGCGGAUGACUUACUUUUAUACAUAAAAGGAAAUAAUAUUGAUGAUGCGUCUGCGAAAUUAACGGAAUCUCUCAUAUUAGAAUAUGGCACCUUCUUGCUAGAACCUGGAUCUAUGUCGGGAUUUAAAGCAUUGGACAAAAUUCAAAGUAAAUGUCUUAGGAUCAUCUGUGGGGCCAUGAAAACUAGCCCUAUUAAUGCUUUACAGGCUGAAUGCUAUGCGUCAAAACAUUUUGCCAAUAGUAAUGUCGGAGUAGGAGUUUUUCACUUUCAAUAUAAUAUUGUUCAAAAAAUCAAACUCCCUCCUGAAUGUACAGUAUUCUCUGGGGAAUGCUUAGGCAUUUUUAAAGCUUUAGAAUAUAUCAGGUUAGCUAAACUUAAAAAAUCCAUAGUUUUCACAGAUUCAUUAAGUUCUAUUCAAGCUCUUGUCAAGAAUCCUUUUAAAAUUAAACAACAGCAUCCUUGUAUAUUUGGCAUUAGACAAUUAUUAACUGAGUGCACUGAGAAAGAUAUAGAUACAUCUAAAGAAAAAGUCAUUAAGGAAUUAAACUUUCUGUCUGAAAAAGAUGCAACUCCUUUCUACAAAUUGCCUUUGAAAUCACUGCUGCAGAUUUACAAAACUACAAAAAAUGACGUUGAGAAAGGCUUUUGUAAGAACAGAUUGUAUUAUAUUUCACAAAGAAUUGAGUGCCCACCUUCUACUUUAAGUGAACAAAUUGUAAAAAGAUUAUUUAUAUAUAAGUUGUCAUUUGAGUGGUUGGAGAGUUCUUUAAAUGUAUUAUUAGCUAUGAAUGUAUCCGGAGAUCGUAUAAAAAGAGAUUUAUGGGUUCUUAAGUAUCAUCAUAAAACUAUUCAGGAAAGACUUGAACGAGUUAAAAGUGUAGGUGUCGAGAAUUUAUACCCAUGGAUGGUUCGCUGUUCUGAAGACAUUCUUAACAGGUCUAUACAAAUUAGUCAAGAGACAAAGACAAUUUUAGGUGAAAAUAAAUCGACAAAAAUGUACCUUGCACAGCGCCUAAAUACAUCACCAAAGGUUAUUGAGGAUAUGUAUGUCAAGAUACCAGCUUUGAAAACUAUAAGAGUUACUAAGGCAAAAAAUUUUCUGGAUUUUUUGAUCAAAGAAGGUUUUACUGUGGAAGAAAUUGUGGAUAAGCCUAGAAUAUUUGCCGCAUCGCAAAAAACAGUAAAACUGAGAUUGGAAAAAUUAAGAAGCUUAGGUCUAUGUGAAAUUAAUUUAAAUAUUCUCUGUAGAAGUAGAAAAGAUUUUCAAAAAUAUUAUGAAUCUAUGGAAUCAAUUUCUAAAGAGUGUGAUGAGUAAUAGUUGUCAAUAACUCAAUACUAUAACUAAUAGUAGAAUAAUUAGUUACAUUAGAUAAUAGUCGUCACAGCUUAGGAGGCCCGUUUUGACAUUUGACAAAUACCCUAGAACGUAACCUGGUACGAAACUGUAAGAAACAAUAAAAGAAUUAAUAAUAACACAUUUAUUAUCAUUAUUAAUAUCUAUCAUUCCGCCUAUAGAUGACGUCAUUAUUCGCGACCACAUCACCCACAUCAUCAAAGAUAGGUGGGUCAAAGUUGGCUAAUGGCUUGCAGCAAAACGUGGCGGGAAUUUUAGAAAAACAACUGUCAAUGUCAAAUUGUGAAUAUUAUCUCAUUCGAUUCUGCAAAAACGCAGCGAUUAAUUCCCGGGAUUGUAUGUUGAAUGUUCCGAUAAUUAUGCACUGCGACCAUUUUAUAGUGUGACGUCAAUUUAGUAUACUGUAAAGCCGUUCCUAUUAUACUCCCGUUCUACUGGUUACUAUUUAAAACGGAACACAAUCCCGUAUACUGCCAGCCGCAUGUUUUAUAACUCGAGUACUAUCAAAUAUAAAAUAUUAUAAUUAAUAGUAAUUGUAAAUUGAAUUUAUAACAUAAUAAAAGUAAUUUUUCAUUAAAAAGAAUAUGUUUUCAUUGCUCAACUUAUAUUAACUUUGUGUAUAAGUUAAUGUAUAGAUAGUGUGGGGUAAAAUUUAGGAAUUUUUUAUAAUUAUUAUAUACAAUGGCAUA